AUGGCUGAACAAGGCAAAUACUCUGGGCUCAAAUACUUUCUCGUCUCAUCGCCAUCCGAAUAUGUGGUCCAUGUUGAGAUUAACAGGCCAGCCAAGCUGAACGCCUUUCUCGAGGCCAUGUGGAUUGAGCUUCGCGAAAUAUUUUCAAGACUAUCGCAUGACGAAGAUGUCCGGGCCGUCGUGUUCUCUGGCGUAGGCGACAGGGCGUUCACAGCAGGUCUGGACGUCCAAGCAGCAAGUCAGGAUGGUGCUUUGAAUGGUGACGGUGGUAAAGACGGAGCGAGGAUCGCGACCAGAGUGCGCCGACAUAUCCUCGAGUUCCAAGACUGCAUAAGCCAGAUCGAGAAGUGCGAAAAGCCUGUGAUCUGUGUUAUGCAUGGCAUAUCCAUCGGCCUCGCCAUCGACAUGUCUUGUUGUGCCGACAUCCGGAUAUGCUCGAAAGACGCCAAGUUCGCUGUCAAAGAGGUCGACAUCGGCAUGGCUGCAGACAUCGGGACUCUGAGUCGGCUGCCCAAGAUCGUUUCGAGCUUCUCCUGGGUGAAAGAUGUGUGCCUCUCCGCGAGAGGUUUCGGGGCCGACGAGGCCCUCGCCGUGGGCUUUGUCAGCCAAGCUCUAGAGUCCAAGGCCAAGGCUGUCGAGACUGCGAUCGGGAUGGCAUCCUUGAUAUCCACCAAGAGCCCAGUUGGUGUGCAGGGCACGAAGGAGAUUUUGAACCAUGCCAGAGACAACACCGUUGCAGACAGUCUUAAAUACACGGGCGUAUGGAAUCAAGGAAUGCUACAGUCAGAGGAUUUCAAGGCGGCACUCAUGUCUGGGAUCAAGAAAACCAAACCAAGAUUUGAGAAGCUCUGA